AUGAAGGACUCGGACAGAAUGGUCAAGGAAAUUUGUUCUAAGACCCAAGACCGUGUCUUUUGCAUGCAGAUUCUAGCAUAUGACCCGCCAACAAAGGGCGCAGCUCUCCUCAGGAGCCUUGCGCUGUUCUCUCUGGACCUAGCUCAAGCCAGUGCAAGCGAGACGCAGAUCGCAAUCCACGCGAGGAUCAACGACACCGGCGACCCGCAGCUGAGGGAGGCGUUUGCCGCGUGUUUGGCCGCUUACGGCACGGCCGUCUCCGCUCUGAGGGACGCGGACAAGUUCGUCGCUUCGGGGGAUUAUGUUAACCUGAGAACUCAAGCUUCAGGUGCUGCGGCUCAAGUCAAGCGGUGCCGAACUGCCUUGGAGUUCAAAGAAGAAGCAGGUCGAGCUUCAAUCGGUGUCAAGAACAAUGACUUGAAGCGUACUUGCAGCAUCAUCUUAGCUAUUUCAAAUCGUUUGCUUGCUCUGAAUUAG